CAUCAUGCCGGACCAAUGAAGCACCUCGGGGUAAAUCCCCUGAGAUGGGCGGAUCGGGUUCCGGGCAGGGGGCGGGGCCUCACCGAGGACCCCGAGCUGGGCGCCGCUGCCGGUUCGUCUACCCUUUCCCUCAGCCGCCUCCUUUCAACCUUGUCUACCCGUUGGCACGGCCUCUGGUGCAGCGGCGGCGGCUCCCGUUUCUGCCGCAUCUCUCUCCCCUCUUUCCCUCCCCAUCAGAUCCUAGAGUUGCCUGCCAUGGCUUUACUCACUGCGGCCGCACGGCUCUUGGGAGCCAAGAAUUCAUCCUGUCUUGUUCUUGCAGCCCGGCAUGCCAGUACUUCUACCACGAAUUUGAAAGACAUAUUGGCCAACCUGAUACCUAAGGAGCAGGCCAGAAUUAAGGCAUUCAGGCAGCAACAUGGCAAGACAGUGGUGGGCCAAAUUACUGUGGACAUGAUGUAUGGUGGCAUGAGAGGCAUGAAGGGACUUGUAUAUGAAACGUCAGUUCUUGAUCCCGAUGAGGGCAUCCGAUUCAGAGGCCAUAGUAUCCCUGAAUGCCAGAAAUUACUGCCUAAGGCUAAGGGUGGGGAAGAACCCCUUCCUGAGGGCUUAUUUUGGCUGCUGGUAACUGGACAGAUCCCAACAGAGGAACAGGUAUCUUGGCUUUCAAAGGAGUGGGCAAAGCGGGCAGCUCUGCCUUCUCAUGUGGUCACCAUGCUGGACAACUUUCCCACCAACCUACACCCCAUGUCUCAACUCAGUGCGGCCAUUACUGCCCUCAAUAGUGAAAGUAACUUUGCCCGGGCAUAUGCAGAGGGUAUUAACCGUACCAAGUACUGGGAGUUAAUAUAUGAAGAUUGUAUGGAUCUCAUCGCAAAACUACCUUGUGUUGCUGCAAAGAUCUACCGGAAUCUCUACCGGGAGGGCAGCAGUAUUGGGGCCAUUGACUCUAAGCUGGACUGGUCCCACAAUUUCACCAACAUGUUAGGCUAUACUGAUUCUCAGUUCACUGAGCUCAUGCGUUUAUACCUCACCAUCCACAGUGACCAUGAAGGUGGCAAUGUAAGUGCCCAUACCAGCCACUUGGUGGGCAGUGCGCUUUCAGACCCUUACCUGUCCUUUGCAGCAGCCAUGAAUGGGCUUGCAGGACCUCUACAUGGACUGGCGAAUCAGGAAGUACUUGUCUGGCUAACACAGCUACAGAAGGAAGUUGGCAAAGAUGUGUCAGAUGAAAAGUUAAGAGACUACAUCUGGAACACCCUCAAUUCAGGACGGGUUGUCCCAGGCUAUGGUCAUGCAGUUCUAAGGAAGACAGAUCCACGAUAUUCCUGUCAGCGAGAGUUUGCUCUGAAACACUUACCCAAUGACCCUAUGUUCAAACUUGUUGCUCAGCUGUAUAAAAUUGUGCCCAAUAUCCUCUUGGAGCAGGGAAAGGCUAAGAAUCCUUGGCCGAACGUAGAUGCUCACAGUGGGGUAUUGCUCCAGUAUUAUGGCAUGACGGAGAUGAAUUACUACACAGUCCUCUUUGGGGUGUCACGGGCACUGGGUGUAUUGGCACAGCUCAUCUGGAGCCGAGCCCUAGGCUUCCCUUUAGAAAGGCCCAAGUCCAUGAGCACGGAUGGUUUGAUGAAGUUUGUGGACUCUAAGUCAGGGUAAAACUGGAGACUGGGGGGAAACUGACUACCGAAGAUGAGGAAGCUUAAAAAAAGUAUACUUUUCUUUUGUUUCAGGGGGCCUUUAAAGAUUUAAGAUUAAAUUGUAUCUGAGGCACUGAAAAUAACGUUUGAAGUUAAAAUAUAAAUUAAGACUUUAAAAGAUGAAAAGUGACCCCUUCUUCCCUAACCAGUUCCCUUUCCUUCCUGGUACAAGUUGCCCAUCAACUAUAGGAUAACCAGGACUAAUGCAUGUGGUAUGGGUUAGGUUUGGCCCCCUACCUUCUCUGGAGUGAGAAUAUGACUCCACUUCCCCGAGUCAAAGCAAGUUGCAAAGAAUCUGCAGUCACUCUGGAGUCUUUGCUUUUAUCUGCCCAGUCCUCUGGGCCAGCAAGCCAGGACUCUGCCCCUUCUGUUUCCAUAGGAAUCAUGUUGGAUUAUCAGCUAUACCAAGCUCCAUGGCCCUCUCCUAUGUACACAAACACUUCCUAGCAAGACCUCUUGGUUAGCUAGACAUACUGUGGCAAUUUUUUUUUUUUUUAAACGCUGCUAAGUGACCAUAAAGGUGUGACAUUUGUUGACAACUGAUGCCCAAAGUUUCUUUUUUAAAAAUUUAUCCCAUUAAAAUUAAGGUCUGGUAGUAUUUUUUCCACUAUUUUAAUGCCUUCUUCCAGACUUUCUAUACCUGCUAUGCCUCAAGCUGAGGAUGCUCUGGACCUUCCCUUCUUGUUCUCUACCAGAGACCUCUUUUAGCAGGUUUGUCAGAUCUGUGGUCUUUUCCAGUCAUUUGGCUUUAUCAGUGCUUAAUGUGAAUUAAACUUUUUACUUCCACAGAACAUAAGCCACUACAAUGACUUCUUUUUCUCCUGUGUUAAUACACUGUGGGGCAUAGAACCAUGGGCUCAGGAAUGGCCAGUUCCUUUAUGAUGUGGUCCCAGGGGUACUAGCAUUUCUUUUUGAACAGAGAAAUUAUUCAAGAUUGGAUAUGACUUUCUUCAAGUAUCAGGUCUUAGCGCUGGGGGCACUCAAAAGAGUAGUAAACCUUCCUCAUCCUGUCACAAGAAAAUGUUCCCUUAUUUAUCAAUGUCUUUUCCUGCCCUAUCCCAAGAGCUUGCAGUACAGUGUUUGUUUUAGAAGCCCCAUUUGCACAGGUUUUCAGUGACUCAGAAUGCUCUACUGCCUUUUCUUUGAGAAAGGAUUGAGAUACACUCCUGUUGUGCCCCUUUCUUCCCUCAAAACUCCUGCCUGUGUUUGUGUGGAUCCCCAAACCCAGAACCACGCUGUUGAGAUGGACACACUGUAAACCCUUGGGUGACUCUCAAGUCAUGAUACAGACUUCAGGGUGUUCUGUAUAAAAUAAAAAAUAAAUGUUUUUAUUAAUAAUG